UUAAAAGUUGCAUAAUAUCCAUGACAUGAUAGAAACAAUGUUAAAAGGAAAUGAAAGAUCACGAGUAAAUUACGAUAAAAAAAAAUUUCUCGAUGAAGAAGAAGCAAGAACUGCAAUUUUUUCUAUUCGAGACUUUCACUACUUGCAAUUUGCUGUUCUUAGUACUGAAUAAAAUGAAAGAAGAGCCUCAAUCACAUCCCAAAAGAACCGUUAGUAAUAGCCGCUAACCUAUAAACUCAUCGAAUCCAAUAUUGCCAAUGAGUUAUAGCCCGCAUUGUCAUCGUCGAUGAUCAGGUUGUUAGUCUGCCUCAUGUAAAAUUAUUCUAGUUUUCAACUUUUACCAUUCCAUGCCUCAGCCAUUAUAAAAAGCCGAACAAUCCAUGAUCACAAGUUUAAUAGUACGCGAGACGUUUCCGAGUGAGUGUAUCCGUGGUGCAUUACCGUUUCUGUUUAUUUAUUUAUUUUUUUUGUCGUUUUAAAAAAAGAAGCAACAAGAAAAGAAGAAAAUAAAUAAAAAAAAUUUCGAGUACGAAAAGUGAAUGAAGAUGUCAAAAAUUUUAACAUUGCUGUGUCUGUGCUUAAAUUUCAUUUUAACAAAAACAAAUUCAGUGUCGAUGCGCAGCUCAUUACAUAAAUUUAUGGAUAAUGAGGAAUUACAGUUUUAUUUUGGGACUAACUUAAUAAGUUCACUGCCAGAUUAUGAAAUUGUUGACUUGCCAGAAUCUUUAUGGAGUGGUAGAGAAAGUGUUACAGCAAAUGCCGAUGAGGAUGACUCAAAAUAUGUGAAUUUUAAAGUGUUUAAUAAGCAAGUUGAAUUGAAUUUAUUUCCAAAUAAAUACCUUAUAUCGCCAUACACAAGAAUUGUUAAGAAAAGUGGUAAUAAGACAUUAAAUAAAUAUUACGCAAAUAGUAAGCCUAAAUUUUGUCAUUACAUCCAUAACAAUAAUUACUCGACUGCCGCAAUAAGUAAUUGUGAAAGGACUGAAAUUCAUGGAUUAAUUUUCCUUCCGGAUGACUCAUUUGAGAUAUUGCCAUUAACAACAAGAUUAAAAUCAUUAAUGCCUGAAAAUUUACCUGAGGAUGCGACACGAUCCACAGCAUUCACAAAAAUUCCACAUUUAGUAAAGAAAUCGAAAUUUACGAUGGGCACAUUUGAAAAUGAUUUUAUUGUGACAAAUUUUCGUAGACCGUCAGGUAAAAAGCCUCAAAAUAACAACAAGAACAAACGUGAACGUGGAAUUGAUUAUGAUCGACCAACUGUUGAACUCGGACUCUUCUUUGAUGAGGAAUUUUAUAAAAUAUUCUCACCAUUCUUUGAUGAUGAUGAGAAGAAAUUGGAAGACUUCAUUCUGUCGUAUAUAAAUGGUGUUCAGUCCCUCUACCAUCAUCACUCAUUAGGACGUAAAAUUGACUUAACGAUUGUUUAUCUCGAAAUAAUGGAGAAACAACCACAUGAUAUGCCACACGCAUACGGCGAGAGAAACGAAUUACUUGAUAAUUUCUGUGACUAUCAAAAGAAAAUAAAUCCGAAAGAUGAUCGAGACCCUCAACAUUACGAUAUGUCUGUUUAUGUUUCGGGUUUGGACUUCUUUGCGUGGGAUAAGAACAACAAUAAAAAUGGUGUGACUAUGGGACUGGCUACAGUUUCUGGCGUGUGUCAAGAGAAUUACAAUUGUUUGAUCGCUGAAUUCGGAACUAAUAAUCAAUUUGGGCGACCGUAUCCAUCUGCUGGAUUUACUUCUGUUUACAUUUUGGCGCAUGAAAUCGGACAUAAUUUAGGAAUGAACCAUGAUGCUACCGAUAAUUCGUGUUCCAAAGAAGGAUAUGUAAUGUCACCAUCUCGUGGAACUCAAGGAGAAACAACAUGGAGCUCAUGUAGUGCAUCAGUCAUGAGGAAAUUAGACUGGGCUAAAUGUUUAUUCGAUACACCAUCGGUCACAAAAUACGAUGCCUGGAAACAUCACGGAAAACCAGGAAUAAGCUACACAGCCAAAGAUCAAUGUGAGAUUCUUCUUCGAGAUCGUGAUGCAAUUCCAUUCAUUAAUGGACAAGAAUCAACGCUUUGUGAAAAUUUGCACUGUCGGACACCAAAUAGGAGUGGAUUUUACUUCGCUGGACCUGCUUUACCAGGAACUGACUGUGGGAAAGGAAAAUGGUGUGAUGGUGGACAAUGUGUGACUAAAAAUCUGAAUUCUCUUACUUCUACGACGAGUAGAAGCACAACUAAAGCAACAAAAGCCACAACAUCAGUUACGACACAAAAGCCAGCAUAUAAGCCUACAACCAAACCUGUAUCUAAGCCUACAAUAAAGUCUACAGUGAAACCUGCAUCAGAGCCAACACCAAUUCCAUACAUGACUAAUAAUUGCAAGUCUCCAUGCUUAAAAGCCAGCAAGGGUGUUCAACCAGCAAUCAGAAGUUGCAUCAAAGGAUCAAAAUGUGAUGGAACUCUAAUAAAUCUAGAAAUUUGUGAUGACCGAAAACUUUGUUCGACUCGUAAGACAGUCGUUGAAUAUGGAACGCAAAAAUGUAGAGAAUUCAGCAGGAAGUUAAAUAAUGUUGACAGCAAAGGAUUAGGACUUCAAGCAUACUACGAACCAUUACGACUUUGGAUGCCAUGCACAAUAUUUUGCAAACAUAAAAAUAAUACGUCUUAUUUUACACCGAGAGUUGAACUUAAUAAGCUAGGAAUUGAUGGAUAUUUUCCAGAUGGAACGUGGUGCCAUAGAGAGGGAAAUGUAGAUUAUUAUUGUUUACAUCAUCAUUGUUUACCACAGGACACACAAAUUAGCAAAACUCAAAUCCAUCCACUUACAAAUGUUGUGCUACCAGAAGAAGCUUUUCGACUUCGAUUUGACAGUACGGGAAGUGAAGAACAGAAUGUACAAUUUUUUACAUUUAGACCAUAAAGAUAGCAUUAAUAAAAUUUAUAAUU